UAUUAUGAGGUAUUUCUCAAUUACAUAGCUUCCAUAACUUUUUUUUCUUUUCACAAACAGAGUGUCUAUGUUCUUGAUUUUCAUUGAAACUUUGCAAGAAGAUGAAAUGUCAUCUUUUGUUAGCCUUGAUUGGAGCCUUUGCCGUUAUGGUCGUAGCUCAGAAACAAGAAGGUUUCAUCAGUUUGGAUUGUGGAUUUCCUAUUGAGGAAUCUCCAUAUAGUGAUCCCUCUACUGGAUUAACUUUCACCUCAGAUUCCACGUUCAUCCAGACCGGAAAAAGCGCUAGAAUCGAGAGACAGCUAAACCAAAAUUUCCGAAAACCAUAUUUGACACUAAGAUACUUUCCGGAAGGAACACGUAACUGUUAUAGUCUGAAUGUCAACCGCGGCACAAAUUAUCUCAUCUCACUUACUUUUAUAUAUGGGAAUUAUGAUGAUCUUAAUGUUUACCCAAACUUUGAUCUGUAUCUCGGUCCUGAUAAGUGGAGAAGAAUAGAUAUGGAAGGAAGAAGUAAUGGUACAAAGGAGGAGAUCAUUCAUAUACCUAGGAAAAACUCUUUGGACAUUUGUCUUGUUAGAACAGGAACAACCUCGCCAAUAAUAUCAGCCAUAGAACUACGACCACUGAGAAAUGAUACUUAUGUUACACAUUCCGGUUCACUAAGGAGGUCUUUCCGGGUGUAUCUUAGCAAUUCCGAAAGGGAGGUAAGGUUUGCUGAUGACAUGUAUGAUCGUAUUUGGACUCCAUUCUUCAGCUCUAGAUAUACGCAGAUUACGACGAAUCUCAAUAUAAACACCUCAGAUACAUUUGAGGUACCAAAAGCAGCACUUUCGAGUGCUGCUAUGCCUAGAAACGCGAGUGCGCCAUUGAUCAUUACUUGGAAACCCAUACCCACUGAUGCUGAAGUCUACUUGUAUCUUCACUUUGCGGAGAUACAAACCCUUGGAGCCAACGAGACUAGGGAAUUCGACAUUAUCAUGAAAGGAAUUUUUAAUCAGUCAGGAAUUACACUUCCUAAGUUUGAGCGACUUACCGUAUUUUCUGCUGUACCACUACAAUGUGGCUUGGACGGUUGUCGUUUAGAGCUGGUAAGAACUCCAAAGUCAACUCUUCCACCUCUGAUAAAUGCUCUUGAGGCUUACACUAUUAUCGAAUUCCCACAACUGGAAACAAACUCAAGUGAUGUUGUUGCUAUCAAGAACAUCAAAGCUACUUAUCGUUUGAGUAAAAUCAGUUGGCAAGGAGAUCCAUGUCUCCCUCAAGAAUUAUCUUGGGAAAAUCUUGGAUGCAGUUACGCUAAUAUCUCCACCCCACCAAGAAUCAUUUCCUUAAACUUAUCAGCAAGUGGAUUAACUGGGAGUAUAUCCCCAAUUUUACAAAAUCUAACGCACAUACAAGAACUAGAUUUAUCUAAUAACAGUUUGACUGGACCUGUGCCUAAGUUUCUGGCCAACAUCAAAUCAUUAUCUUUGAUAAACUUAAGUGGAAACAAUCUUACCGGUUCAGUUCCACAGAAUCUACUUGAUAGAGAAAAGGAAGGACUUGUCUUAAAACUUGAAGGAAAUCCUGCGCUAUGCAAGAUUAGUUCAUGCAACCCAAAAGAUAAAAAGGAACUGUUGGUACUGGUUAUUGCACCAAUUGCCUCUGUGCUUAUUGCAAUAGUGGUUGUGGGUCUCUUUGUUAUUUUCCGAGAGAAGGUGCCUUUAGACGUACAUGCUCCACCAAGCUUGCCCGUAGCAGAUGUUGGACAUUCUAAACAUUCGGAACCAUCAUUUUUCUCGAAAAAGAUAAGGUUUACCUAUUUCGAGGUUCAAGAAAUGACAAAUAACUUCAAAAGAGUUCUUGGUGAAGGAGGGUUUGGAGUUGUUUAUCACGGUUGUGUUAAUGAUACCCAACAAGUAGCUGUUAAAUUGCUCUCUCCAUCAUCAUCUCAAGGCUACAAACAUUUUAAGGCAGAGGUGGAACUUCUUAUGAGGGUGCACCAUAUAAAUUUGGUGAGUCUUGUUGGUUAUUGUGACGAAGGAGACCAUUUGGCCCUUAUCUACGAGUACAUGCCAAAUGGAGACUUAAAGCAACAUUUAUCAAGAAAGCAUGGUGGAUCUGUCUUAAGCUGGAAAAGUAGACUAGGAGUAGCUGUCGAUGCAGCAUUAGGAUUGGAGUACUUACACACCGGAUGUAAACCACCAAUGGUUCACAGAGAUAUAAAAAGUACAAAUAUACUUUUGAAUGAAAGUUUUCAAGGAAAAUUAGCUGAUUUCGGGCUUUCGAGAUCUUUUCCUAUGGCAAAUGAAACACAAGUUUCAACUGUUGUUGCUGGAACUCCUGGUUACCUUGAUCCUGAGUACUAUCAAACAAAUUGGUUAACAGAAAAAAGUGAUGUUUACAGUUUUGGAAUUGUACUCUUGGAGCUCACCACAAACAGUCCUAUAAUUCAGCAAUCUCGUGAAAAGCCUCACAUAGUAGAAUGGGUCGGAUUUAUUGUAAGAACGGGAGAUAUUGGAAAUAUAAUAGAUCCAAACCUCCACGAAGAUUACGACGUUGGUUCUGUAUGGAAGGUUAUUGAAUUAGCAAUGUCAUGUGUGGAUAUUUCCUCUGCAAGACGACCAACCAUGUCUCAAGUUGUUAACGAUCUGAAAGAGUGUGUGAUAUCUGAAAAUUCAAGGACAGGAGAGAGUCAAGAAAUGAACUCAAUGAGUUCCAUCGAAUUCAGCAUGGAUAUGGACACCAAGGUGAUCCCUAAAGCACGCUAGUUCGUUAAAAAUAAAUUUACCCUUGUUGGAUUGUGAUGAAUCUUUAAUAAUGCAUCUUUUGUGGGUUUAAUAUCAACUGAUUAUUCGAUUUGAUGCGAUAUUCAGAUAUCUUUGUUGUAAUGGUCGUUGUGGAAAACUUUUGAAUAGCUCGAAAAAAAUGUAUGGUGAAUGUUAAGGAUAUGCACGUAUCAUGUCAAGGAUAUGACAGCAUCGUAUAAUCACGCCUGCAAUAUAUUGUUUCCUUGUAUAUUA